UCUCCUCCUGUCACUGUCACUCAAAAAAGUCUCGUUUCACUCGGAAUGAUAUCAUUCCGGGAUUUAAAAUGCAAAUAAAACAUUAGCUAAAAUUGGGGCACAAAUUUAACAUGAAAUCAUGGCCGACCGCCUCCGUCAGAUCGCUCAAAGGCUGAAAGACAAGGUACAUUUGCCGCAGCUGACCACCACCGGCAGGGAGAAGGUUGAUCAGAUGCUGACCAAGUAUGCCCCUGCCAAGAGAGUCAGUGACAUCGCAGAGCGAUUCAAACAUGAGACGAUCUCUAGAAGAGUCCAGGAGUUGGUGUCCCGCUAUGAAAAGUUCACGGGGGUUGAAGAGAUCAUGGCCAUUCAAAACACAGUCGUAGAAGCACAAGAGCGGUUUAUGGUGGCGCAAGAGCGGCGGCGCGAGCUCGGCAGGCAGGUGUCGGACGUGGAGGCGCGUCUGAAGGAACUCCACUCCGAGAUACAAAAUACCAUGAAGGGAGACGACAAGUAUCUGCAGCUGUGCACUGAGGAGCAUAAGCUUAUCCUCCAAGAGCGGGCGCUCCGAGCGUUAUUCUCCGACGCGGAGCGGGAAGAACGCGAGUUAUUCGCGACCAUGUCGGCAGCUGUCAAGCUGGGACACGAGAGAGAAAGAGCUCAUGCUGAAAGGAACAAGUACUGGUACAUCGUCGCGUCUAUAUUUGGCACAGUACUCGGCAUCGCCGGCUCCACCAUCAACAACCGUCUAAAGAUGGCGGAGUUCCGGGAUAUGAUGGAACAGCAGAUGGCCAGGAGUGCAAGCGUGUUGUAUACCAUCGCCGGGGGAGGCACCGCCAAUAAGUCAGAUAUCGCUGACGCUAUGAAGACUGAGUUCGCUUACCAGGUCAGUGGUCAGCAGGUCACUGAUCAUCGACAGGAACAACUAGCACAGAAUCUGAGACUGAUGCAGGAGAACAUCGACCAUCUAGUCAACAAGCAGACGUCGCUUAUAGAUCACAUAACACACCAAGAACACGUCAUAGAUAACCAACUGCGGGACCUCAAGAAAUUAGUGCUGUCCGCGUCGCAAGUCAGCGCAAAAUCAGACGCGGAAAUAGCCAAAGCAUUAUCCGUAGUCCACCAAGACCUGGACGACGCGGAAAAAGAAAGGGAGGUCGAAGAAAAGAAAAUAUCCUUCGAACCCAACCAAAUUCUAACAGGCAUCGGUGUUAUCAUGUGUGCGGCCAUCAUUUUCGGCAAUAUCAUUGGCAGAGUCAGUUGAUUCCAUUGCUGCGUCACAAAAAAGAAAAAAGUCAAAUUUUGUAAACAUCAUAGGCAGAAUUGGACUAUUCCAUUGCUGUAUCACAAAAAAAGUAAAAAGUCAAAUUUUGUAAUUGACGUUUGUAAAAAUUCGAAAAGUUUUUUAAACAGUUUAAAUCUUACUGGUUUUUGCAACUUUAGUAGUACAGUAGUGCUUAUUUAUUAUUGUGAAACUAUUUAUUGUUGAAUUGUCUGAUAUACUAAAGUUGCUUGAAUUUUUGAGAUCUAAAUACCGGAAAAGUUACCUCGCUUUUAUACUGUGCAAUAUCCAAUAAUACAAUUAAAAUAUUUUUCCUCUGACGCAUGUUAAUUUUGUCGUUUUAAGGAGUUUUUUUAUUGGAUUUAUAAGAAAUUACCUUCAAAAACGCGUGUUAAGAGAACAAAGGGAAUGGAUAUUUUUCGACAAUAUUAUUUGAGUGAUAGGAAACGUUUUUCAAAUUGGAAAACUUCAGUGAUUUUAUAGUGAUAAUUAUAAUAUCCAAAUAUUAGCAUGUAGUACUUAAGUUGCGAAUACAUAAGUUUAAAAAAGUUGGAUAUUUUAUUCAAAAACUUUUUAACAAUGCAUAGAUCUUCAAAAAGUUAUAAUAAUUGUGACUAAGUUUAAUCUUUGUUUUAUUUCUUGCCAGUGAUUUCUACAUGGGGCUUUUUAUACAUUUAUAUUUCGUUUCCCAACAAAAAUAAAGUAGGUGCAAUAUGGAAAGAAAAAAAUAAACAAACCAUAGAUACUUAAUCUAUGGGCAAACUAAGUAUCAUUUUAUAAUCUAUAGCGCAUGUAUACGGUUGAUUUUAGCACGUCUGUUGUAGUUAUGUUAAUACUUAAUUAUUCCAAAAACAUAUAACAGUUGAUUGGUAUGGUUUUGAGGCAAUAUAACAUUCGUUUAUAAA